AUGAGUGAAGCUAGACUGAAAAUAGGAAUCGAUGUUGGAGGAACUAAUACGGAUUGUGUCCUAUUAGACCCCACUAGACAAUCAAGUCCUGAUAGAGGUAUAAUAUCAUAUGCCAAAACUUCAACAACUCCAGAUAUAACGUCCGGUAUUUUCCAAGUUAUUCAAUUAGUUUUAAACAAAGCCAAUAUUAAUACGGAUCAAGUCGCAUUAGUCACUAUUGGUACUACACAUUUCCUUAACGCAAUUUUAGAAAGAGAUUCUUCAAGAUUAGAUAAAGUUGGUAUAAUACGGCUUUCUUCCAAUUUUACAAAAUCAAUUCCACCUUUCAGUGAUUUUCCCCAGGAUUUGAAGCAAGUUAUUUAUGGUUAUCAUGGAUUUGUAUCUGGUGGUUUACAAAUUGAUGGUUCAUUAAUCUCCAAGAUCAAUAAAUCUGAAAUCAUUCAACAAUGUCAUGAAAUUAAGAAACGAGGAUUAACAAGUAUUGUUAUAAUUGGAGUUUAUUCACCCUUAGAUAAUAAACAUAAUCAAGAAUAUAAAGUACGAGAAAUAAUUCAAUCAGAAUUACCAAAUAUUAAUAUUGUUUGCUCUAGAGAUGUAGGAACUUUGGGGUUUUUAGAACGUGAAAAUGCAUCAAUAUUAAAUGCAUCAAUAUUAAGAUUUUCAGAAUAUGUUAUCAAGAGUUUUAAAUCUGCUUUAACAAAGUUAAGUUUGAAUUGUCCUUUAUACCUAACACAAAAUGAUGGUACAAUAAUACCAGCAGAUCAAGUGAAAAGAAUACCCAUUGUGACAUUCAGUUCAGGUCCAACAAAUUCUAUUCUUGGUGCUGCAUACUUGAGUCAAAUUAAAUCAGAAACAAGUACUUUGGUGGCAGAUGUUGGUGGUACAAGUUGUGAUAUUGGUAUUCUGUUACCCUCAGGAUUCCCUAAACAAGCAUCUGCUUAUCUUUCUAUUGCUGGUGUUCGUGUUAAUUAUGCUAUGCCUCAUGUUCAUACAAUUGGACUUGGUGGUGGUUCAAUAGUAACUGAGAAUAAUGAUGAUCAAAUAACAACUAGUGUUGGACCAGAAUCUGUGGGCCAUUCAUUAACAACACAUUCUCUAGUGUUUGGUGGUAAGACCUUGACAGCAACUGAUAUAGCAAUGUUAUAUAAAAAAAUUGAGAAGAUUGAAGGUGGUGGUGAAAUUUCCAAAAUGUCACAAAAAAUACCCACAGAUUUAACAAACAGGGCAUUCCAACAGAUUCAAUUAAAUUUAUCAAAAGCUAUAGAUUCUAUAAGAACUUCACCCGUGGAUUUACCACUAAUAUUAGUUGGUGGUGGCUCUAUAAUCAUUGGUGAUCAAAUAAAAGGUGUUUCUGAAAUAAUAAGACCUUUAUAUCAUGAGUAUGCAAAUGCUGUAGGUGCAGCUGUGGCCAAGAUGGCUAUUGUUAUAGAUACAGUGAUUUCCACGGAUUCUGGUUUAACUUUCCAGCAAAUUAUUGAAUCGAAAAAAAAUGAAGCUAUUGAAUCAUUAAUUGUAAAAAGAGGAGCUAUAAGGGAAUCGGUUUAUGUUGCUGAUAUAACUUCAUUACCUAUUCCUUAUGCUAUUAAUAAAAUUAGAGUGAUUAUAAAAGUUGCUGGUGAGAUUGAUUUGGAUCUAAUACAAAAACAAUCCAUUGGCGAGGUUGAGGAAGAUGAUGAGGAUGAUAUAGAAUCAAGUUUUAAAUUCCAAAGAACUGAGAUUAAAAAAUCAAUAAAUCAACCACCUUCACCAAAAGAAAAAUUUGAUGUGCUGGGUUAUAAACCAAAUAUACAUAAUGGAGAAUGGAAAAUAUCUUUAAUUGAUUUAAAAUGGAUCUCAAAUGGUUGUUAUGUUCUAGGUUGUGCAGGUGGUGGAUCUCCUCAAUGUGAAUAUUUAGAAGUUAAAAACAUAUUGGAAGAAGGUUAUGAAAUUAAACUUUACGACCAUAAAACAAUCCAAGAUUCUGAUAUUAUUGCAUGGGGUGGUAUAAUGGGGUCACCUGCAGUUUCCUAUGAAAGAUUAGGUGGAACAGAUACCGUUGAUGCUCUUUCAGAAAUUAUAAAAUUCACAGGUUAUCACAUUGAUGAUAUUAAAGCCCUGAUGUGCUUAGAGAUUGGUGGUGCUAAUGGAUUACAACCUUUCAUUAUGGCCUCAUCAAAACAUUUUAAUAAACCAUUAUUGGAUUGUGAUUGGAUGGGCCGGGCUUAUCCAACCUAUUAUCAAACUACUUUAGCGUCACACACAGAGGGGAAAAUUUCACCAGCUGCUAUAAGUGAUGGUGUGGGUAAUUCCCUAGUGUUAACAUCAUCAAACUCAGAUUAUUUAUCAGAUGUUAUCUUGAGAGCUGCGUGUGGUGAAAUGGGUUCAAGAGUUGGUUAUGCAGGUAGACCCACUGAAGGUUUUUUAGUUCGAGAAUUCGCAGUGAAGAACUCAUAUUCAUUAGCGUGGAGAAUUGGGAAACAAAUUGCAUAUUGUCAAGAGAAUAACUGUAUUGACCAAGUUGCUGAUCAAAUAAUUGAACAAAUUGGUGGGAGUUCAAGUGGUAAAAAACUAUUCCAAGGAAAAAUCACAUCAGUUGAACAAAAAUUAUAUAAAGGUCAUGAAUAUGGACAAAUUAUAGUCAGCUCAUUUGGAUUGGAGGAGCAAGAUCAAGACUGUACAAAAUAUUCAAUCCCAUUUGUUAAAAAUGAAGGAGUUGUUAAAAUUCCAUACAAGAAUGAAAUCAUGUAUGCAGAACAUGAAUUUCAAGGAACGAAAGCCAUACUAGCUUCAGUUCCAGAUUUGAUUAGUGUUAUAGAUUCACAGUCUGGACAGGCAAUUGGUGUACCAGAGUUCAAAUAUGGUCUAAGAGUGACAAUUAUUGGGAUUGCAGGCUCUAAUCUAUGGAAAGAUUGUGAAAAAAGUCGAGAAUUGGGUGGUCUUGAAGCGUUUGGUUUGGCUGAUAGUGCGGAGCAUAAACCAUUGGGUGUUUACACUGCACCACAAAGUGUCUUUGACGAGGUGUUGGUGAUGAGUUCUUUUGAGAUAUUCUUACCAGAUACGGUGCUCAAUGAAGGACAGGAAUUUACCACGUUCAUAACGCGUCUUAGAGAGGCUGGAUCAAGAGAAAUUGCAUUUUUCGAUGAAGUAUUGACAGGUUAUAUCCUAUUGAAUAAAGAAUCAAAUCAACAACCAAUAAACACCACAUUGGAUUUAAACAUACGUGGUGAGAAUGAACAGAGUGUCAAUUUGAAGAGUCUUGAACUCGUGAGUCCCAUCAAAUCAGAACCAACAAGGAUUUUGUAUAAAUUUAUGCUUUUCUUAUCAUAUCCUAAAAUUAAACUAGAUCAUCCAAAACUAAAUUUAAAAGUUCAAACAAAUUUAAAUAAUAGAAGAAAAUCAAUUGAAUUGCAAUCAAAUCAAACACUUGUUGAUUUCCAACCUGCUGAACAUAGAAACAUCUUGGCUGGAAUUCAACCAACAAUUCCAAAUGGACAAAAUAAAUUCUUGAUGAAUGAUGCUAUACUGUCAGAUUCAUUGAUUAAACAUAAUAAAUUAGAAGAAUCAAAUGAGAAUCAUUCACCACAAAACAAUAAUUCAAUUGAUGAAUCAGAUAAUAUUCAAAUAAGUAAAGAAUUUGAUAUACCCACAAUACGGAUAUUAAAUUUAAGAGUUCGUAAUAUUAGAAUUAAAAAAAAUUCUAUUUUAUCAACAAUUGAUGUUGAAUUAUCAAGUAAAUUCAAAGAUUUAAGUUCCAGUAUAUCAUUAAAUAAUAUCAAUUAUAGAUUUCAAAACACUGUUAAACCAAAAUUUAAUCAUCAAUUCCCUAUUGAAAUUACAAAAUUUGAUAAUUUUAGCUUUACAUUCCAAUUAGAUUCAAAUGAUUAUUUAUCCUACAAGACAUUAAUUGAAAUAAAUUAUUCAUUGGAUAAUCAUCAAAUCAAAACAAAAUGGAUUACAAACAUAGAUUUUGGUAAUACACCACAUAUACCAUCUGUCAUUAAGAGAUCUUCAACUUCUUCAUUACCAAACACACCAUCAAUGACUUCAUUAUCCUCAGGGUUAAAUAUAAAAUUUAUUGGUAAUAAACAAGUUAAAAUUGGUCAAGUUUUCAAAUUAAGAGCUCAUAUUAUAAAUAAUUCCAAGAGAAAUAGAAAUUUAGUUAUGGUUUUCAAUUCACAACCAGAAGCUUUUUUACCAAAUUUACCUAAAAUUAAAUCAUUAAUUCAAACAAAUUUAAAUAUUUUGAAAUUUUAUUCACAAUCCAAAAUUAAAACAACAGGGAUUUUGAGUCUUGUUAAUGAAGUUCAUUUUAAAGUUAAUAGUGAUCAAGUAUUUGAAAGUGAAAUUCUACUUGUUGGUUUAGAAUUUGGUGUUUUCAAUUUAAAUGGUGUUAAAUUAAUCGAUUUGGCAACUGGUGAAAGUAUGAGUUGUGAUAAAUUAUUAGAAGUUGUUGUAAUUGAAUAA